AUGCAUCGACCGACAUCAAUUGCCCUUCGUUCCCGCUGCAUUUUGCGCACGCCACAGACCAGCCGCGCUUUCACAACACAAAACGGCCUGCGUGCUGCCGAUCAUGGCAGCCACUAUGACCCGCCUAGCGGAUGGCUCUUCGGCGUCAAGCCCGGCCAGAAAUAUGUGAAGGAGGGCUGGGAGAAUAUCUGGUACUUUGGGUUCAUUGGAAGCUUGGUCGCCGCCGGUGUUGCAUACGUUUUCAAGCCAGACACAUCGAUACAAACAUGGGCAUUGGAGGAGGCUCGUCGAAGACUGGAGGCUGAGGGUAUCCUGGAAGAUCCAGAGCAGGCCAAGAAAUAG